UCAAUGGACACCAACGACUGUGUGAAAUAUGUGGAGCUUAGCUGCUUUAUGGAAGGACUGUGCGGUUCUUCUGUCAACCCAUAUGGCAUGGAUCUAGAGGCUAAAAGGAAAAAGGUGCAGCUUGCAGCAUAGUGCAUGAGGACUCACCCAUGGGUGAUGGGAGUCUGUGUUGCUGCAGCUUUAACGAAACUUCCAGCACCCACUGAACGUGUGGCUGGCCUACGUUAUGCUAACCCGCACUGUGAGAGAGCCUAAAAUCCCCUAUCCACAGCAUGGAGCCUGGCUCCUUUGGUUCUUCCUCGCAAACCUCAGCAUUCCUUCCAUGGUCCAGGCUACUGUAUUUAAGAUUGGCGUGUUAGGGCCAUGGUCUUGUGACCCUAUAUUUGCCAAGGCCAUGCCAAGACUCGCAGCUCAACUAGCUGUGCAGAGGAUCAACAGCAAUGUCUCAGUGUCAAAGGGCAUCACCUUUGACUAUGUCAUCCUGGAAGAAGACUGCCAGACCUCCAUGGCCCUCAGAAGCUUUAUCGGUUACUACACAAGAGCUUCAGCCUUUUUAGGGCCUGUAAACCCUGGGUACUGCGAAGCAGCUUCGUUAAUAGCCAAGAACUGGAACAAGGCCCUCAUCUCUUGGUCCUGCGUGAAUCAUGAACUAGAGAACUCAUGGCAGCACCCAACUUUCGUUCGCACUAUGCCCUCACCUGUCAAAGUGCUACGUAUUAUGGCACGCCAUUUCCGCUGGGCGAAUAUAGCCAUCGUGGCCUCGGCUGACGAUGUGUGGAUGGAUACGUCCAAUAAGGUAGCCGAUGCAUUCAGAAGUCAUGGUUUUCCUGUCAGGAUGGUGCUCUCCACUAGCAAUGACCUCGUCAGUAUACGCCACGCUCUCAAGAAGAUCAAGAAGAUGAAGGAGCUUCGCAUGGUGAUUCUCUGCAUGCAUUCUGCCUUGAUUGGUGGAGUAACUCAAAAGCUGCUGUUGGAGACAGCUCUGGACCUGCAUUUAAUAGAUGGCUCAGUGGUGUUUGUGCCAUAUGACACACUGCUCUACAGCCUGCCGUACAAGCAGGUGAUCUAUCCCGUACUCCACCGCAACACCAAGCUAAAGCUGGCCUAUGACGCUGUGCUAACAGUUACUAUGGACUCAGGGGAGAACUCAUUCUACAAAGCCUACCAGGACGCUGUGACGUCAAAGGAGCUGCCUGCAGGCAUCCAGCCUCAUGAGGUUUCCCCUCUCUUUGGCACUAUCUACACCUCUAUCAUCUUCAUGGGUAAUGCUCUGCAGAAAAUUCAUAAACCUGCCAACUGGUUCUCAGGUGCAAAUCUCGCCCGCCACACUCAAAACAUGGAGUUCCAAGGUUUCAGCCAGAAGGUUCGUACCAAUGGUUCUGGAGUGAGCCUAUUGGACUAUGUGGUUCUCGACACAAACGGACGUUCCUGGGAACUGUAUCCCACUAAUAUUGUGGAUAUAGAGGCUAACAUGAUUCAUUACCUGGGUACACCUAUCCACUUCCCUGGUGGAUCGCAGCCUAAAGCAGACUCCAGCUGUUGGUUCACUCCUGGAGGACCUCUUUGCACCAGAGGGGUGGAUCCCCUCCUGUUGUUUGAGGUGUUCAUCUCAUCAGUGCUUGUAUUAAUACUCACAGUCAGUUUUGGAUAUUGUGUAAGGCGUCGCAUCAGUAAGAUUCGAAUGGUUCGAGGUCCCAAUAAAAUCCUCCUCACUCUGAAUGAUGUGACCUUCAUCAACCCCUCCGUCAGUCACAAGAAAAGUCUGGAGGACAGUAAAGCUGAGCUGGAGAGACGUUUAUCAGACAUGGACGGCGGAAUGAAAUCGCCCUCUGUGUCUAGCGCUGAUGAGCCGACCUAUGAAAAUUCAAAUGUGGCCAUAUAUGAGGGUGACUGGGUUUGGUUGAAAAGGUUGCCAUAUGGAAACUUUGGGUCAGUCAAUCCAAAAACUAGUGAUGUCUUUGAACUGAUGAAAGAUAUUCGUCACGAGAACCUGAAUCCUUUCAUGGGGUACUUCCAUGACCGUGGUGUCUUUGCUAUGGUGACUGAGUUUUGCUCUCGUGGAAGUUUGGAGGACUUGCUUCGGAAUGAAGAUGUUAAAUUGGACUGGAUGUUCAAGUCUUCCCUGUUAUUGGACCUUAUUAAGGGUAUGAAGUACCUGCAUCACAGGGGUGUGUGUCACGGGCGACUCAAGUCCCGGAACUGUGUGGUGGAUGGACGAUUUGUACUGAAAGUAACAGACUACGGAUACAACGAAGUUCUGCAGGCCCAAAGGUUUCCCUACACAGAACCUAAAGCAGAGGAUCUGUUGUGGACUGCUCCUGAGCUCCUACGAGCUUCUCACCCUGGCCAGGCUGCUACUCCUGAGGGUGAUGUCUAUAGCUUAUCUAUCAUCAUGCAAGAGGUGGUGCUGAGGGGACCUCCAUUCUUUAUGCUUCAUUUAUCUGCAGAGGAAAUCAUUCAGAGGGUAAAGAAGCCCCCUCCACUGUGCAGGCCUAUGGUUUCUCCUGACUAUGCUCCUAUGGAAUGCAUUCAGCUCAUCAAACAGUGCUGGAAUGAGCAGGCAGAUCGACGACCCACCUUCGAUGAAACCUUUGAAGAGUUUAGGAAUAUUAACAAAGGAAGGAAGACGAACAUCAUUGACUCCAUGCUGCGCAUGUUAGAGCAGUACUCCUCCAACCUGGAGGAGCUGAUUCGAGAACGAACGGAGGAACUGGAGAUUGAAAAGCAGAAAACUGAAAAACUGCUUACACAGAUGCUGCCACCGUCGGUGGCAGAGGCCCUUAAAGUCGGAGGCACUGUGGAGCCGGAGUAUUUCGACAGUGUGUCGCUGUACUUUAGUGAUAUCGUGGGCUUCACUACCAUCUCUGCCAACAGCGAGCCCAUUGAAGUCGUUGAUCUGCUCAAUGACCUGUACACCUUAUUCGAUGCAAUUAUUGGAAACCAUGAUGUGUAUAAGGUUGAAACUAUAGGAGAUGCGUACAUGGUGGCGUCCGGUCUGCCUGUUCCCAAUGGAAACCGUCAUGCUGCAGAGAUAGCCAGCAUGUCACUGGAUAUCCUCAGUGCUGUCGGCACGUUUAAAAUGAGACACAUGCCUGACGUGCCCGUCCGUAUUCGCAUUGGACUGCACACAGGUCCGUGUGUGGCUGGAGUGGUCGGUCUCACCAUGCCCCGAUAUUGCCUAUUCGGGGACACUGUGAACACCGCCUCCAGGAUGGAGUCUACAGGGAUGCCAUACCGCAUUCACGUCAGUCACACCACUGUGAAGAUCCUCAUUGAGCUGAAUGAAGGCUACAAGAUUGAGCUUCGUGGGAAAACUGAACUAAAGGGCAAAGGCAUGGAUGAAACUUACUUUCUUGUGGGUAAAGAAGGAUUUACUAAACCACUGCCUGUGCCUCCUGAACUCAAACCAGGGCAAAGGGCUCACGGCCUACAGAUGGAGGAGAUAGCCCGAUACAAGCGGAAGAAAGCUGAGGCUGCACAGCAAGCCAAGAAGAACUGAGGCCAAAGGAUACAUGGGACUUUAAGCAGGUGCUGAAGAAAGCAGUGAGGAAACUUUCACUGUGAGAUAAGGUGGUCCAGCUGCCCAAUGUGGAAGACACUGAGGAAAAUACUAUGUUCCACCAUCACUGACAGCUCUUCUGCAUUAGACUAAGACUCUUACUACGAGUACUGGGUUAUCAGUGUGUUGUGAAAAGGCAUUCGGAAAUGUGAGGUUCUGCCUGUGACUCUUCAUAAGUGCAAGUACUCUCAGAUAUCUGCUUUUUUUUUUCUUUUUGUUCAGCGUCACCCCUUACAUUCCCCUACAUGAGGCAACAGACAAGAAGAACACAUGGGUAUAUAAAGCCUCUACUUUGAUCACUUAAUCGAAUGUUUUUUUAACCGUCUGUUACAGUGGAUGUACAAGAUACAUAGUUACGCAAGGGCUAUAAAAUGUGUGUGUGGGAAUGGAAGGGUGAACUGCUUUGCGCACCUGGAGAUUAUACUUCAGUAAGAGGAUCUCCAAGUGAAUUUGUCCGUGUUGUGUUAAAUAGCCUAUAAAUAGCCUAUGGGACUGUUACACUAAGCCAGAGAAGGAUCAGUCCCUGUUCUUGCCCAUUAACCCAGUUCACUCCCAGACCAUUGAAUGGGUGCUGAGCUAUGUAAUAAGAGGAUCUACCUGAACCCCCUGCUGGAGGGGUUAAAUAGCUGCUUAUAGAUUCAUAUACAAUCACCAAAACAUUAAAGGCGUAGGAGUGCAUUAAAUAUAAUGUAGUACAUAAAAUGUAUAGGCUUAUUCCUUUUUGGUCACCCAUAGUAAAAUCACUCUUUUAAAUUGGAAUUUAAAAUCAAAGUGAGCUUUCCAUUAUUUCUAUCAUUUUCCAUGAAUACUACUACCACUACUACCACUAAUAACUACAAAGGAAAGAAGGUGUUUAUUUGCUCAUUAAAAUAUUAAUAUUAAAAUAAAUACAAAAUAUAAUAAAAAUGUCACUGUGUUCAUUAAAACCUUCACAAAGCUUUU